CUCAGCAGAUCGCAGCCAGUGGAGGGAACCGACCCGGACCUCCGACGGCCUGUGUUCUUUAUACGAAGCGGCACUCUGUCUGUUUGAAGAAGUGUGCCGGAUGGCGUCGGACUACUCUCGGACCUGCGUGAGCCCGGACAGCAUCCAGACCGGCGAGGCGCCCGUCGUGUCGGAGACCUGCGAGGUUUACGUCUGGGGCAGCAACAGCAGCCACCAGCUGGUGGAAGGAACGCAGGAGAAGAUCCUGCAGCCGAAGCUCGCCGCCAGCUUCGCCGACGCCCAGACGAUCGAAGCGGGUCAGUACUGCACCUUCGUGAUCUCGUCCGACGGUUCGGUCCGAGCCUGCGGGAAGGGCAGCUACGGCCGGCUGGGCCUCGGAGACUCCAACAACCAGUCGACGCUGAAGAAGCUCACCUUCGAGCCGCACCGAGCCAUCAAGAAGGUGUCGUCGUCCAAAGGCUCGGACGGCCACACGCUGGCCUUCACCACCGAGGGCGAGGUGUUCAGCUGGGGCGACGGAGACUACGGGAAGCUGGGCCACGGAAACAGCUCCACCCAGAAGUACCCCAAACUGAUCCAGGGGCCGCUGCAGGGGAAGGUGGUGGUGUGUGUGUCUGCGGGCUACAGACACAGCGCUGCAGUCAGUGAGGAUGGAGAGCUGUACACGUGGGGCGAAGGAGACUUUGGGAGACUAGGUCACGGCGACAGCAACAGCAGAAACAUUCCUACUCUGGUCAAAGACAUCAGCAACGUCGGAGAAGUUUCCUGUGGAAGUUCUCACACCAUCGCUCUGUCCAAGGACGGACGCACCGUCUGGUCCUUCGGAGGAGGAGACAACGGAAAACUGGGUCACGGUGACACGAACCGAGUCUACAAGCCCAAGGUGGUGGAGGCCCUGCAGGGCAUGUUCAUCAGGAAGGUGUGCGCAGGCAGCCAGUCGUCUCUGGCCCUCACCUCCACAGGACAGGUGUACGCUUGGGGCUGCGGCGCUUGUCUCGGCUGUGGAUCAUCGGAGGCCACGGCUCUCAGACCCAAACUGAUCGAGGAGCUGGCGACCACCAGGGUGGUGGACAUCUCCAUCGGGGACAGCCACUGUCUGGCUCUGUCUCACGAUAAUGAGGUGUACGCGUGGGGCAACAACUCCAUGGGCCAGUGCGGCCAGGGCAACUCCACCGGACCCAUCACCAAGCCCAAGAAGGUGGUCGGCCUGGACGGCGUGGCCAUCCAGCAGAUCUCGGCCGGGACCUCCCACAGCCUGGCCUGGACCGCCCUGCCCAGAGACAGGCAGGUGGUGGCCUGGCACCGGCCGUACUGCGUGGACCUGGAGGAGAGCACCUUCUCUCACCUGCGCUCCUUCCUCGAGCGCUACUGCGACGGCAUCAACAGCGAGGUUCCUCCGCUGCCCUUCCCCUCGUCCAGGGAGCAUCACAACUUCCUGAAGCUGUGCCUUCGCCUCCUGUCCAAUCACCUGGCUCUGGCCCUGGCGGGGGGCGUGGCCACCAGCAUCCUGGGGCGCCAGGCCAGGCCUCUGAGGAACCUGCUGUUCAGGCUGAUGGACUCCUCGGUGCCUGACGAGAUCCAGGAGGCGGUGAUCGAGACCCUGUCGGUGGGAGCCACCAUGCUGCUGCCUCCGCUGAGGGAGAGGAUGGAGCUGCUUCACUCUCUGCUGCCUCAAGGCCCCGACCGCUGGGAGAGUCUCUCCAAAGGACAGCGGAUGCAGCUGGACAUCAUCCUGACCAGCCUCCAGGACCACACCCACGUGGCCUCCCUGCUGGGCUACAGCUGCCCCGCCGACGGGCCCGAGGGUCUGUCCUCCGGCCCGGCCUUCACGGUGCCUCCGGACCCGGCCUACGGCGCCACGACGGGCCACCCAGACACCCACCUGGCCGAGAUCCUGAUGAAGACGCUGCUCAGGAACCUGGGCUUCUACACCGAUCAGGCGUUCGGCGAGCUGGAGAAGAACAGCGACAAACUGCAGCAGGGAACGUCGUCGUCCGACAGCAGCCAGCCGGCUCAUCUCCACCAGCUGCUGUGUUCGCUGCAGAAGCAGCUGCUGGCCUACUGUCACAUCAACUCCGUCACCGAG